CCAAACACGAUGAGAUAAGACGAAGUGGAUGUAGAGCCUUUGUCAUGUAAAGUAACCGAACAUCUGCCCGAUUCCGGAGAAGUUCAAGGAUGAGUAACCGUUCCGAGUGCGGCCAAUGUUUAAGGUCUACCGUGAGUGUGAGCAAGGGUUUUAGCUACAGAUGUCCAAUGCUCGCCAUACUUUUACUGGUUCUGUCAUCUUGGACCUGCAAGGUUCAUGGGACUACGUCGCCGGUACCUGAACCAACUGGGGAACCGGAACCGACUGGCGAACCAACUGGGGAACCGGAACCGACCGGGGAGCCGACUGGGGAACCGGAACCGACAGGCGAACCAACUGGGGAACCGGAACCGACAGGCGAACCAACUGGGGAACCGGAACCGACAGGCGAACCAACUGGGGAGCCGGAACCGACCGGGGAACCAGAGGGGGAACCAGAACCAGAACCCUCGGAUGAACCUGUCUCUGUAUCCGAACAAGAUGGCUUCAGGGCAUCCACCAUGGAGGUCAUCCUCCCACCACUUGGACUCAUCUGCGUUAUGUUGUUUGGUCUAUCGUACCUAGCUUUAAGAACUGAGAUCCGACGUCGAGCGAACCACGAUCGGCGUGUGCACAAUCUGUACAUGACCCAGUCCAGCAUGAAGAUGCUCAAGUCUUGCCCCAAGGAAAGCCAAGCAUUUCUGGAAGAGGAAGACAUCGAUAUUCUGGACAGCAUGCAGAGCUUCUUCAACCGUCCGCUGGGGCUGUGUCGUAUUGCCAUGCCGGGCCUGCUCUCCCUCGCUUUCUGCCCCUUGGUUCUCUUCAUCUACGCCCCGGUGGCGGAGUUCUUCUGGCCCGCCGACCUCUUCCCGGGAGGGCAGCCGAACAUCAAUGAAGUCAUCGCCUGUUUUCUUGCACCUGCCGGACUUGUUUACGCAACAUCGUUUGGUUUCUCCUACCAGUCAGCAAUGAACAAACAGCGGUCGCUGAUAAGCAUCAUCUCGCACGAGAUUGGUCUCCUGGAUCAGAUCAUCAUCAUGACGUCACACAUGGUUACUAUCAGUUACCAGCAAAAGGCAGAGAUCUAUCGGUGUAUCAAGGAGGAGGUCUUGUCCAUCAUACUGCAGAUACAGGGACGAAGGGGCGAGAGCACGGCAGAUUACAACCGCGAUAGAGCGAGCGGACAAAUAUGGAAGACCCUAGGCUCCCUUCGAGAGGCCGCUCAAAAGGAGGACAAAUGGCACUUGGACAAGGAGUUUGUGACAAAGAUAGUAGGCCACUUUUUAAUGGUCAACUCGGCCUCUUCCGAACGAUAUGAGAUCAUGACAGCGACCAUCCAUCCCCUGAAAUGGAUGUUCCUUGAGACGCUGGGUUUCUUCGCUUUCUUUGGAAUACUCUUACUCAAGGCCAACUCUUACAGGAUGGAGCUGUGUAUGUGUAUCAUGACAGUUUUCUCUAUCAGCAUCUUGUGUUAUGUAGUAGCUGAUCUAGACUCGCCAUUUAAUGGCUUCUUUAGGGUCAGCACCACAGCUCUGACUGAUCUGACGAAAAAGACGGAGGAAAUGUACGUGUUGGCGAUGCAGAAUAAGGAUCUGUACACCUGUGACGGGGAGGGGAAAACAGUGGGCGAGGCAGAUGGGCAAAGUAGGCGGAGCAGCGAGUCCGAGAUUGAAGUUGCUAACAUUCAUGUAGAGUCAAAGCUUGACAUGGUAUAG